CCGCGAGUAAAACCUAGAAUGGCAGCAGGAGAGCUCUGCCACCUGACGCCGUGGCGGCCGCCACGUCAGACCUGAGGUCUGGUCUGCAGCUGAUGCUCUGGAGGAUGGCAGCUGGGCGCCUUGGGGCCUGCUUCGAGAGUGGAUGCAUACGGGUGCUGGAGUUGCUGACUAAGGGGAGCCUUGCUGAGAGGUAGCCCUGAAACAAGGGGGGCCAUGGUGUUUUGAAAGCCCAUCCAUUUUAGGGUUUGCGUACGUGAUGGUUGUGUACAGCAGCCUUGGAUCGUGCAAGCGUUUGUUCUUCUAGAUUGUGAACUCCGAAGGCCCGCGAAUGCGAUUGCUAUCAUGGUGUACCACUCAACCUUCACAGAUGAAGAAGGGGCUCAGCAAGCCUGCGGGCUGACUAUCUUCCCCCUUCGGACUAGCACACGUGGGCCAGCUGCUGCGAUUGAGACAGGCAAGGAGGACAUUCUCGACGAGGCGUUGACGUGCUUUCGCGCCAACGUCCUGUUCCGCAAGUUCGAGGUCAAGGGCUCCUCCGACAAGCUGCUGGUGUAUCUCACGCUCUUUAUCAGCCUGUGCCUGAAAAAGCUCGAAGGCUGCAAAUCGGAUGCGGAGGGUGUCAAAGUGCUCAUCAUGAUGGGGCUUGACAAGUUUGCGCUCCCAGGGGAGCCGGGCUUCCCGCUGAACGCGCUGUUCAGCCCGGCCCGAACGAAAGACGAAGCAGAUCUGUUCCGGAGUUACUUGAAACAAGCAAGAGAAGAGACCAGUAGUCGGCUACUGGAAAAGUGUUUCAGCCCUGACGGCAGCCCUAACAAGUGGUGGCUCGCCUUUUCAAAACGGAAAUUUAUGAACCUUGCUUUGACAUCCUAGUACCUGGUCCUGAGCAUGCACUGCGGUGUGUUCAGCCCCAUUCUUACUGUACAUCGACCUUCUGAUCAACGUCCGAUAUGUUCAACAAGGGGAGAACACAGACGAAUGCACGUUGGUUUUACCGAAGCGACUGCGUGAAGCUUGCUUUGCUUGUUCUAUAGUUUGCG